GAACAGACAAGGUCCGGUUAAACUUGAAGAAGACAAAGUCUGGGUCUUUCUCUUAUCCGACGAGGUGAAGCAAUGCUGGCGAAGACAUUUCUUCUGAGAAAUGGCCUUGUUUCGAGGUGUUUCUCAUCAGUUACUUUAAAGACACUCAAAGUUGGAGAUGUUUUAAGAGAAGCAAGAGUGUUCUCAAGUGAUGAUGUUAAGAGCUAUGCUGAGGUGAGCCAUGAUUGGAACCCACUUCAUUUCGACCAAGAACUUGCCCGAAAAUCCGGAUUCGAGGACCGCCUUGUCCAUGGAAUGCUUGUCUCUUCCAUGUUUCCUCGUAUUAUCUCUUCCCAUUUCCCUGGAGCAGUAUAUGUAUCUCAAACUCUGCAUUUUAGAUCACCAGUUUACAUAGGUGAUGAAAUUCUAAGUUUGGUACAAGCCACAGCUUUAAGAGAAACCAAGAACAAGUACAUUGUCAAAUUCUCAACAAAAUGUAUCAAGAAUCACAAUGAACUUGUUGCUCUUGAUGGUGAAGCUACUGCGAUUUUACCAAGUCUGGAGAUGCUACACCCAAGUCCUUCAGAAUGAUAGAUAAACAUAAUCCUAGAUAAGUUUUUUCUUCUAUCAUUUCCUGAUUUCCAAUAAUACUUUUGAUCAUUUUCGUAAUUGUUAUGUCACUUCCCUUUCUAUAGGCUUCUUUGCCGU